AUGGCGCAACAACUCGAGGGCUACGCGGCCUACAAGCACUACCUGGUCACGUCGGCCGGCCCGUUUGUCGCGCACGUCGAGAUCAACCGGCCGGCCAAGCUGAACGCCUUCCUCGAGGCCAUGUGGCUGGAGCUUCGGCUGCUGUUCCAGCAGCUCUCAGCCGACCCCGAGGUGCGGGCCGUUGUGCUGUCCGGGGCCGGCGACCGCGCCUUCACGGCCGGGCUCGACGUGCAGGCCGCGAGCCAGGGGUCAACUCUGAAGACGGACGAUAGCCUCGACGGCGCCCGCACGGCCGCCCACCUGCGGCGCCACAUUGUCGACUUCCAAGACUGUCUCACGGCCGUCGAGAAGUGCGCAAAGCCCGUCAUCUGCGUGCUCCACGGCAUCUCGAUCGGGCUGGCGAUCGACCUGUCGUGCUGCGCCGACGUCAGGAUAUGUGCGCGGGACACGCGGUUCGCCGUCAAGGAGGUCGACAUUGGGCUCGCGGCCGACAUUGGCACGCUGGCGCGGCUGCCCAAGGCCGUGUCGAGCUUCUCGUGGGUCAAGGACGUGUGCCUGUCGGCUCGCGACUUUGGCGCGGCCGAGGCGCUGGCCGUGGGCUUCGUCAGCCAGGUGCACGAGUCCAAGACGGCCGCGCUGGACGCGGCGACCAAGCUGGCCCGGCUGCUCGCCUCCAAGAGCCCCGUGGCCGUCCAGGGCACCAAGGAGCUGCUCAACCACGGCCGGGAUCACUCGGUGGAAGAUAAUCUGAGGUACACGUCUAUCUGGAAUUCGGUCGCCCUUCAAUCGAGUGAUUUGAAGGUGGCCUUGCUUUCUGGAAUACAAAAAACGAAGCCGAGGUUCGAGAAGCUCUGA